CAGCUAUGGAGGCUGGCGGUCCAGGCAGGCGAGGAGCGCCGCAGCAGAGAGGAGGCCGUGGUCGCGGUGGAGGCCCUGAUCGCGGUAGAGGCCGUGGAUACGCUGGAAAUGCUGGAGGCAUUCCAAGCCCCAGACAUGGUAGAAGUCCUGGAAACUAUGGAGGCCCUGAACAUGGUGGUAAUCAUGGAAGCUAUGGAGGCUAUGGAGGUGGUGGUAGUCCUGGAAGCUAUGAACAGCCUGGGCCUAGUAGAAGUCCUGGAUGUAGUGAAAGGCAUGGAGGUGGUAAAAGUUUUGGAGGCAGGGGAAGCCCUGAACGCGAAGGAAGUUCUGGACGAACAGGACCACGACGCGAAGAGGGACCUCGUGGACAACAUUCUCGAGGCGGACAGCAGGAACCGCAACGAGGAGGCAGAAAGGGUGGCGUGCAAUGGCAAGCGCGAGUACUGGGUAAACUUAGCGAAAGCCUUCCUGUUUGUGAUCGAAGACGAUAUGUUUUUCUGCAGCCUGUACGAAGAAGAUCCUGGAACGUCAACGGAGCUACCCUCGGCUGAAUACACUGAUCCACAGCUGUUGAAGCGUGCACAGGAGCACUGGGGCACCUAUAAAAAGAUGAAGCUGCGCACAAACUACUUUCGUAUAGCACGACCGAGCGGUAUCGUAUACCACUAUGACGUGCAAAUCGACCUCAUACGCAAACCUUCCAGCGCCGCAGAGCCGCGGGGCCUCAGCACACGUGUCAAGCGUCUCGUCAUAGAGGCCCUUCAGAAGACCAAGUUCCGGCCCUAUUCGCUCGCGUUCGAUGGCGAAAAGAAUAUCUACACAAGCCGGGAGUUGCCAUCGAAUGAAUGCGAAUGCAUCGUACAAAUCGACAAGGGCGGGCCGGACUUCUCCGUCACCCUCAAGCUCGCAUCCAGCGUAGACAUGGACAAGCUGAAGACUUCGUUCAACCAAGACGUGCAUCAAAAACAUAUCCAGGCCCUCGACGUCAUCAUAAGGCACGCUGCACGCCCGGGUCACGAAGUCGUGGGGCACUGCUUCUUCAAGAAUCCGCAAGCUGAACCCCUCGAACUUGGAACUUUUGCAGAGCUGUGGUCCGGAUACUAUCCAAGCUUUCGGCCAUGUGAGAAGUCGCUGAUGCUAAAUAUUGACUUCUCUGCAAUGCCCUUCUACAAUUCAAGAAGUCUACUGGAUUUCGCAACAAAGUGCCGCGAGGGAGAUGAGAUCACUUUGUGGGACACCCGUCUCUUGACGGAGGCGCUCGAGGGUUUACAGGUUUAUACUACACACUUGGGUCACAAACGGUUUUACAGAGUGGUAAAGGUCGGUGAAAACAAUGCUGCCGAUCAAAAACUGAAAGGCCAAGAAAGUGCCACGAAUGGCCAAGAAAUGGAAAAUAGCGAAGAAAUGGCCAAGAAAAGCCAUGAAAAUGGAAAGGGCGAAGAAAUGAGUGUUGUCGAGUACUUCGCAAAGAAAUAUGGGAUUGAAAUCGAACCGAGGCUGCCAUGCAUACUUUGCAAAGGGAAAGAAGAACCUUACCUACCACUGGAUGAAUGUCACGUUCCAGCGCAGCCGUGUAAAAGUAAGCUCACCAAAAAAAUGACCGAGGACAUGCUCACGCUCACCGCAUUAUAUCCUGAACGUCGGUUCGAAUUUAUCGGGCACACUGCUAAAGAUUUUUUCUCGAGAGCGCAAACUGAUCUCGACAAGUUCAGGCUCAAAUUUUUCGAGAAAAUGGUAGAAGUCGACGCUCGCAUUCUCUCGCCUCCCUCAAUUCGUUUCCCGGGUCGUCGGAGUAAGACACUUCAGCCCGAUAAUGGCGCAUGGUACCCACCCAGAGGCAGUUUGAAAUCUUGCCCCGAUUUUAAAACCACUUUCGUAGUGCUGGCAGUCAACUGCGAAAUCGGCGAGCAAGAACUGAUCCAUGCAGUUCGCGAAUUGCGAAACACUGGUGCAGAUCUCGGCCUUCGCCUGUCCUGUGACGAGCGUACAGAUAUUAAAUAUGUGUGCGCUUACGGUUUGAACGUUUCAGAGCUCACUGCCACUUUCGGUGAACUUGGUGCUGUUCAAAAGCCUGAUGAUAAAACGCAUGAUAGAAAGUUUGUCCUUGUUGUUCUGGGAAACUCUUCUCUCUACGCGACCGUCAAAGCUGUCGCAGAAAUAAACAACGGAGUCAUGACUCAAUGCGUCCAAGAAGAAAAGCUAAAGAGCGUAAAAGGAAGAGGACUGUGGAAAAACAUCUGCUUAAAGCUGAAUGCUAAGCUUGGCCGCUGCAACAACAUUACCCAUAAGGUGGAGACCACGCUGGUCUUUGAAGAUGCCAUCUUCAUCGGUAUUGAUGUAAACCAUCCUGCCCCCGGGGAAAAGUGA